AUGGGGCCCGUCGUGGGUGCCAAUCAUGUGAACGGGUUCAAAAUCGCAGAUACACCCCAAAAACCAUCAAAUCCAUAUGGGACCAAUCCAGAUAAAAUCCCCCGAGACGACCCUUUCCUUGCUCAAAGCGCACACUAUGGUCGUUAUACCCCGCACCCCGACGACUUUACCCCUCAUCAUCAACACUGGUACCAGUCAGACCCUGAUGCAAAUCCCUUUUGGACUGAGGUCGCGCAGAAAUUCUGUAUUCCGGAACACUCGCUUAACAUCAAUGGACCCAGGCAGGCAUUUGCGGUGGGUAGUGUGAUCAUUCGGAUUGACCGCGAACUCGUCGAGGGGCCAGCAGUGAAGCGAUUUUCCUGUGUGAAUGCGAACGAAUUGUCCGCAGCGCGGAAGGUUGAGGAAGCUCUCAAGGAAUUAGGCGUCGCUAUCCCGGUGGUAUACUUUUGCGGCACGAUCGGAGGGAGAAACAUGACUGUGGAGUCUAGAAUUCCAGGUGUUUCACUAGACGUUGCCUGGAGAUAUCUCAAUGCGAAGCAGAUUGACAGCCUCAAAAACCAAUGUCGUCGGAUCAUCCAGACUCUAGCAACGGUCGACCCAGCCCUCGAUGAGCCCUCUUACGUCUGCCGCGGCCUUAAUUCGCAACCACCACUUUCUGGCGAGGAGAAGGAGCGGAAAAUACUAUUCGCAGAAAAAAUCGACGCGGAAGAUUUCUGUCUCGUACACAACGACUUGAUACCGAGGAAUAUAAUUGUGAACGACGGUCGGGUCGUGGGUGUGGCAGGCUGGCGACAAAGUGGAUAUUUUGGCCUGGAGAGGGUCAAACAAAUACAUCAGUCAUUGCGAGAUACCACAGUUGCAUCGCAAGAGAAUACGACAUGGGUAGAUCUUUAUGAUGAAGCCUAUGAUGCUGAAAAAAGCGUGCCUUUGAUGUCCGCCAAAACCGAACCCACGAUUACUUCACUGGAAAAGUUUCCAGACAGUGAUGAACUGGACACCAAAUUAUUCGAAGGUGGUAGCGACUAUCCCACAUCAAAAAAGCUCACCGACCUCAAGAAUGAACUACCUUCACGAGGCGCAACCAAGAAAGGCACAGCGAAGAAGCCGGUGACCAAGAAGCGCAAGGUGAACGAUGAUACAGAGAGCAUUCGGUCCAACACUCCCCUAUCCCGCACGAGCAAAACCCCCGGGAAGAAGCAAGAUUCCAUCUCCAUUGCAGGAUCACCGGUGCCAGAAAAUAAGAACAUCAGGAGGAAGAAGCGAGGCAAAGGACGACUCAAUGAAGGGGACGACGAUGAUGAAGACGAAAAUCAACUCUUCUGUAUCUGUCGCCGGCCUGAUAAUCAUACCUGGAUGAUUGGAUGCGAUGGAGACUGUGAAGAUUGGUACCACGGAAAGUGUGUCAAUAUCGAUCCUAGAGACGCCGAGUUGAUCGAUAGAUACAUAUGUCCGAGCUGCAGUGAUCGCGGCAAAGGCUGUACGACAUGGAAACCGAUGUGUCGCCUACUUGAAUGUCGCAAACCUGCACGAGCUACGAGGAAACCCCCUAGCAAGUAUUGUUCUGAUGAGCAUGGCCAAGAAUUCAUGCGCCGACAGACACGCCAUCUCAAGCUAAGUGGCCCGGGAGACUUAGGCAGCAUGGGCGGCAUUCUCACAGCCAGCGAUCUCAAAGCCGCGCUCAUGGGUGUGGCCUCCUUCGCGGAAUUUCGGAAACUAGGCGACCGAAUCAUUUCCCCAUCGCCACAAUCCAUCAAGGCAGAGACGCCGAAGGAAGAGACUCCGAAUGGCAUUAAGAAAGAAACGACCUCCCAAGAUGAUAGCAAAUCCACAUUCGAUAUUGACGUGAAUGGGAUGGAAUAUUCCGCCGAUGAAGCGGUGAAGAUCGAAAAGCUACAGAAAUGGCGUGCAGAACUUCUUCAGCGCAAGGAUAUGCUAGCUGCACGCUCAACGUUCGUGUCGCUAUUGCGUCAGCGAGCCAAGGCCAUCGUGGAGAAGCUGAAGCAGAAUGAUCCAAAAGGCGGAUGGAAAGAUAUUUGUGGAUUUGACUCACGGCUGUCGUGGUCUGAUGACGAGUUCGAUGAGUGGCGGUUAUCAGAAGCUGGUCAAAAGGCUCUGAAAGAGGGCACGGUCGAGGCUCUCGCAGCCAGCUACCCGGGAACUACCGACGCUGACGGUGAUACAGCCAUGGACGACGAGCAGGGCGAAAUAGCAGUCAUCACUCAGGGUGUUUGCACCAAAAAACGGUGUGAAAGACACAAGCAGUGGGUCAAAGUGCAGCAGCAAGAUAUCUUGUUCGAGGAGAACACAACAGACGAGGAUCUCGCCAAGUACGAGCAAGAAGCACGGUCCGUGGCGGAGAGCGCUGUUCUGAAGAAGUGGGCCGAGAUGGAGAAUGCACCGCCGUGA